AUCCCAUCACUACCACCUAUCAUGGCGGAGCAUGCCCCGCUGGAGGGGCUAGGUUGUGAGGUGCUGGUCGGGUCGGUCGAUUAUCCAAGCUUGAAGCGGUUGUAUAAGCCCCGAAGCAAGCUCACGGAGGGGAAGUGCCCACUCUAUGGCAUCGGGUUCAACUUCUUGGAUGCGCGCUACUACGACACCUUUGCCACCGUUGGCGGCAAUCGUGUGACAACUUACCGCUGCCUCGAGAAUGGUAGUUUUGCUCUUCUACAAGCAUACAUUGAUGAGGAUAAGGAUGAAUCAUUCUACACUCUAAGCUGGGCUUGUGAUGAUGUCGAUAGCGCACCACCACUGCUGGUGGUAGGAGGAUGCAGUGGGAUCAUUCGGGUCAUUAAUUGUGCUACCGAGAAGAUAGCUAAGAGCUUAGUUGGCCACGGUGGUUCAAUAAAUGAGAUAAGAACUCAAGCACUAAAGCCUUCACUCAUCAUCUCUGCCAGCAAGGAUGAAUCUGUUAGGCUCUGGAAUGUCCAUACUGGCAUAUGCAUCUUGGUCUUCGCAGGAGCAGGAGGCCAUCGCAAUGACGUAUUGAGUGUUGACUUCCACCCUAAUGAUAUCACAUGCUUUGCAAGCUGUGGCAUGGAUAAUACUGUGAAAAUCUGGUCAAUGAAAGAAUUUUGGGUAUAUGUCGAGAAAUCAUAUUCAUGGACUGAUCUUCAAUCAAAGUUUCCAACAAAAUAUGUCCAACUUCCGGUCUUGAAUGCUGUUGUACACUCUGACUAUGUUGAUUGUACUAGAUGGCUUGGUGACUUCAUCCUGUCAAAGAGUGUUGAACAUGAAAUUGUGCUUUGGGAACCAAAAAUAAAAGAGAAUAGUCCAGGGGAGGGAAGCAUCGAUAUUCUUCAGAAGUACCCUGUGCCAAAGUGUGACAACUGGUUUAUCAAAUUUUCAUGUGAUUUUCACUUCAAUCAGCUGGCAAUAGGCAACUGUGAAGGUGCAAUCUAUUUGUGGGAAGUACAGUCCAGCCCUCCAGUCCUAACUGCUAGGCUGUAUAAUGAGCAAUGCAAAUCUCUGAUAAGGCAGACAGCAGUGUCCUUUGAUGGAAGCACAAUCCUUGGAGCUGGCGAGGAUGGAAAUAUCUGGCGAUGGGACGAAGUGGAUCAACACAGUGUCAAUGAAAAGAAGCAAUUCCCAAUUGCCUUACUUGAUUUUGAUGUCUUGAUAGUUGGACCUCCACUUACCAGGCCAUGGAUGCGCUCGUCCACCGCGGUCGCCAUCGCUGCUGCCACCACCAUCGCGGAAAAGAUCAACACCGUGCAUAAGAGCAUCCUUCGAAGGGGAAUUUUGCAGAGAUGA